AUGAAUAUGAUCAGGACUACAGACUUUAUUCCCAAGAAGAAAAAGAAGAAAGGAUUGCAACCUCCAGGGAUUCAGAGCAGCUACAAAACACAGUUCAAUGACAUAGUCAUCUUUAUUAUGGAGAGGAAAAUGGGAGUGACUAGGAGAACUUUCUUGACAGAUCUUGCAAGAAGGAAAGGCUUUCGGAUAGCAGAUGAACUAAGUGAUUCAGUCACUCACAUUGUGGCUGAAAAUAAUUCUUGCAUCGAAAUCUUGAAAUGGCUGCAAAUACACAAAGUGGAAGACAUCUCAAGAUACAGGCUUCUCGAUGUCGCUUGGUUGACAGCCUGCAUGGAGGCAGGAAGGCCAGUAGAUUCGGCAGAAUAUCAGCUUCUUGUGCACCAUGAGCAUUCUGUGGCUCCAUUCAUACACGCAAAGGACACUUCACCUCUCCGUGCAGAUAUCGUCUCCCAAUAUGCAUGCCAAAGGAGGACAACUUUAAAUAAUUACAAUAAAAAAUACACGGAUGCUUUUGAAAUACUGGCUGAAAAUUAUGAAAUGAGAGAAAAUGCGGGAGCUUGCCUUGCAUUUAGGAGAGCGGCAUCUGUGUUGAAGUUUCUUCCAUUUGCUAUAGUUAGAUCAAGUGAUAUUGAAGGAUUGCCUUGGAUGGGAGAACAAGUCAAAGGCAUAAUUGAGGAUAUACUAGAAGAAGGGCAGAGUCCUAAAGUGGAAGCAGUCCUAAACAAUGAGAAAUACAGAUCAUUCAAGCUCUUUACUUCUGUAUUUGGAGUGGCACUAAAAACAUCAGAAAAGUGGUUCAUGAUGGGAUUGCGGAAUCUGGAAGAUGUAAAGCUCAACCAGAAUUUGCAACUGACAAGAAUGCAAAAAGCAGGGUUACAACAUUAUGAAGAUCUUAUUAGCUGUGUAUCAAAGGCAGAAGCAGAUUCGACAAGCCUAAUGGUUAAAGACACCGUAUGGAAAUUUUCUCCCAAUGCUUUAGUUACUUUAACUGGUGGUUUCCGAAGGGGCAAGAAGAUGGGCCAUGAUGUUGAUUUUCUGAUCACUGUGCCAGGAACAAGGCCAAAAGAAGAACUGCUGCACCUAGUGAUUGACUGCUGGAAAAAGCAGGGAUUGCUCUUAUACUAUGAUCUUAUUGAAUCAACAUUUGAGAAGACAAAGCUGCCAAGCCGAAGAGUUGAUGCUUUAGAUCAUUUUCAAAAAUGCUUUGCCAUUUUAAAACUACACAAGGAAAGAGUGAACCAGGGGACUUCCUUUCCACCAGUGGCUUCUACUGUGGAAGAAAUCAAAGAUUGGAAAGCAAUUCGGGUGGAUCUGGUUGUAAGCCCUUUUGAACAACAUGCAUUUGCUCUCUUGGGAUGGACAGGAUCCAGGCAAUUUGAACGGGAUCUGCGGAGAUAUGCCACCCAUGAAAAGAAAAUGAUGUUGGAUAACCAUGCUUUGUACGAUAAAACGAAGAAAAUUUUUCUCAGUGCUUCAAGUGAAGAAGAAAUUUUUGCACACCUUGGCUUGGAUUACCUUGAACCCUGGGAAAGAAAUGCAUAAAGACACUUGCUAAUAAGAUUUUAUAAAUUUGCAUUUUUUAAAUUUUAAAAAUCUCUUUCUAUUAUACACUCAC